ACCAUAAUGAGUUACCAAUUGUAGAAGAUGAGUUGUCAAUAAUAUUAAAAGUAAAACUCAUGAGUCAUGAUGUUGAUUGGGCUGCUGUUUUUCAUAAAGGUAUUUUACAUAUAACUACUAAUUAUUUAUCUCAAAAAGUUCUUUAG